AUGAAUAAUGUAUCACUAGCUUCAAACAACGAGAUAUCGCAGGAACAGCAAAUUGUCUAUUAUAAUGCACCAGUUAACUACAAUCCGUUAAAUAGCCAACAGCCAUACGUAUAUACGCAACAAUUGCCUCACAAUUACACAGUUAAUCAAUACUCAUCAGCUGUUUCAGCAGCUCAACAUAAUCAACAACAACCAGGAUCGUCUUUCACAAGUAUUCCUCCACCACUGAUGCAACAGUCAAUGAUACAUUCCAACAUGAAUCAACAACAACCGGUAUUAUCAGUACAACAACCUGAUGCCAAUGUAACAGCACCGCGUUACUCAUCAAUGAUUAACCCAACAGUAUCUUCAACACCAAUAUCAGCGCCUAAUAAGAGAGGUCGCAACGAUACUAGUGGUCUAUCGGACUCCAAUAUUCAAUUUCAUCCUCAACACCAUCAGCCGACUCUUGCGUUUAAUCCGAAUAAUAAUACCCCCAAUAAACGGAUUCGUGGAUUCAAUCAGCAAGGUGUUGAUGGCGCUUACUUCGAUCGUCGUACUCAAAAUCAACCAACACAACUCAAUCGAAAUCCUCAAGGAACAAGGGACAGGGAGGAACGGAAUAAUAAUCUGCAACAGCCAUCAGUUGCGGCCUUCGUGAAAGACUAUCGAGCUGCGCUCACACGUAAUCUCUUGGCUAAGGUGGUACCAGCAACGGUGGAAGAUGUAAGCUCCCAGCGAGCACAGUUAAAUGAUCAACUGCUCGGCUCUACAUCAGGUCGUCUGCCUUAUUCUACUGUCGCUCAAGGAGGGCCGUCGAACAUGAACGAUUUAAUUGGUAAGAAACUCGAUAACAUCCUAGCAAAAGUGGAAGAAGAAUUUAAAGCAACUCGUCGAUCUAUUGGGGAGCUCAAAGACGAAAUGAAUAUUCGUUAUGAGGAAACAAGAAAACAAGUUGAUAUUCUAGAAAACAAGAUGAAAACAAUGGAAAAGAAAUUCGAGGAUCUCUCCACACGAGUGUACACAAUAAUGCAGAAUAUAUGUACGUCAAUGUCGGAUCCACGUGGUGCACAAGGCGUAAAUUGGCAAUCGUAUUGGCAGGAACAAAUCCAAACACUGGCAGAAUGCAGAUCGUCCCUCUCAAUGUCUACAGAAUGA